UUAGACCAACGACUAUUGCGUCCCACGCAAAAAGUAUUGCGUGGGAACGCAAAAGAAAACAAAUUCCCCCAUGUUCCCAAGCGGGCUCCGGACCGUACCGUAGAACAGGCUCUGAUUUACAGGAAGCUCAUUUAUGCAAGGGCAAGUAAAAGAGCAAAAGUGAAACUAAAAAGCAGUGCUCUGUUGAACCAGCUGGGAGGAGAAAUUCCAACAUUUUCUUAGAAAAUACCCACAUUUAUUUAAACUAAAGAACAAAGAAACGACAAUUGUUCCAUCCAGCUCGGAAGAAGGUGGCUAUAUAUCUUCCCGAAAUCUUUUACGACGUCGGAGCAAGAUGUCAGUCAACCUUUACUUGGAGGCCCUGUCAGCUCUUUCCGGCUGUAACGUCGAGGCAACAACCGGAGCCUCGCAGCUCUCCGCGCAGGAUUUUGUCAACAUUGUAGCCCUCAGGGAGUUUUACAAGCAGAAAGGAUUUAAAGAACUAGAGUAUGAGAGCUUGGGGACUUUAUCCCUGCAGGACAUGGAAGAUCAGGAUAUGUACAGCUCCCCACCAGCACUGACCGAUGGACCCGUGGUGAGCCUUAAACCAACAGUUAAGGUCAAUCCCCAAAACUUCUUCCAUCCACAGUAUGACUACGAUUUCACCAACAUAAAGGAUGGUGAUAAGACAUUUAUGCGUGGAAAUGAGAAGUACAUCCGCCCAUGUGGAUGGAAACGGGCCGCCCUGCAUGUCCUAAAACAAUAUGAAGAUGGGAAUGGUUGGCUUGGAACUGGGAGGGAUGCCUGGCCAGUAUCCUACCAUGGCCACAACAUGGACGGCUCCCUCGGCAUUAUCCUUACCCAUGAUGGGCAAGUAGACGACAAGCCAAGCUUUCUGAAUGCUGCUGCCGCCUCACUGCUAAACACUGACACCAGAGGCAGGGGGGUGUACUCCACGCCAGACAUCAAGAUGGCAGAGAAGUACUGCAAGACGUUCAUGUCCAGUGUGGAUGGGAAGAGAUACAAAGUGGUUCUUCAGAACCGCAUCAACCCCAAAAAAAGGAUGAACUGCCAGAGAGAAGACAUUUGGUUGGUGUACAUCCCUGAGGGCUGCACUGACGUGCAGACAAAAGCCAUUGUCCAGGAAUCCCUCCGUCCUUAUGGGCUGCUCCUAAAGCAGGUGUGAGCAGAAGUUCUUGUAUGCUUGGAAAAACUGUGUCUUAAGGAAUAUUGUCAACAGCAAAAGCUUGAGGAAAUGCUUGACAGGAAGUCUAUAAACGCUGUAUCUAACACGGGCAUGUGGGAAUAAUAUAGUGAUAGUAAUAUAGUAUAAUGAUAGUUUCUUCACUUGUGCUAUUUUUGCUUUAGCAAUCUGGUCACACUUAAAAAUCCAGAUAGAAAAAGUAAGGACCAGGCUGUGCAUGAUGGACAUUUUCUUCUUACCUACAUUAUCUAUACCUCCGUGCCUUGUAUUUGUUGUGACAUAUUUUUAUUAGUCAGAAAUUAAUGAAUGCAUCUACUAAAGAUACAGAUUUUAAAAUGUAACAGUAAAAAAAUAAGGAAAAUAAGGUGUAGAGGAGUCUGUAGCCCUCUAAGGUGAUUAAAACUGCCAUAUAGCGAAACUUAGUAAAGAUGGUUUCUAUUUUGACUGUAGCCUAUUUUUACUUUCUGUUAGAUGUUUGAAAAAGUUAAGAUUGGAAUUCUUAUUGGUUAAAACUGAACUAACUUCACAAAAAGGGGUAAAGGCUCAAUUAUAAGUCUCAAUCAUCAAAUGAGUGAUAAACUUGUCAAGUUGUAAAGAUUUUGCUGAGUAAAGCUAUUGUUCUUUUAAAAUGAAAAUGUUGCUGUGAAGUCUGAUUACAUUUCUGAGAUCUUCUAUAUAUUUUUUGUGUCUUCUGUAUGUCAUACGUAUUCUCUAGUCUAACUGGAAAACCUUUUGUCCGAACUGAUGUUUUGCUGUAAAUAUCUGUUAAUUCUCACCUUUUCCCUUGUUAGCUAAACGUCUGUAACCAAGUAUGUAAUAAAUGGAUGUAAUAAAAUGAAAAGCACAAACUA